GUCUCCAAAGUCUCCUCCGAUCAAGAAGUAAUUCAUCCCACGGCUUAUAUUCUCUUCUACGUACGAAUGGACUCCAAACCUAACCCCGAUUCUCCCUCCGCGAAGGCCACUGAGGACGACGAGGAUUGGAAUUCUUUUGUCGGGGAGGUGCCAGUGAAUUUCUCGACAGCUAGUGUCGAAGGAUCGAAAUAA